AGAAAGAUUAUACACAGACUCAACAAUUCUCUUUCUUUUUUUUCCUUUUCCGUUCGACGAGAGCUCUGCCGCGUAAUCGUUCUCCGAUCUUUUCCCUUCAAAUUAGGGUUUUUUUUUGGAGUGCGGUAAAUCUUUGAAUUUUUACGGGAAGGGUUUCUGGGUUUUCCUCUCUUAGGGCUCGUCGAGUUGAGAAGGAGGGAAAAGUUCUGUUUUUUGAUAAAAAAAAAUCGCCGGAAUCUGAAAUUCUCCGGCAGAUAUGGCGUCUGACCUUCCGAUGAGCCCUCAUUUGGAGCAGAUUCACGGAGAAAUCCGUGACCAUUUCCGAGCACUUGCGAAUGGGUUUCAAAGGUUGGAUAAGAUUAAGGAUUCUAGUAGACAAAGCAAGCAACUUGAAGAACUUGCUGACAAGAUGAGAGAGUGUAAAAGGUUGGUUAAGGAGUUUGAUCGUGAACUCAAAGAUGGAGAGGCUCGAAACUCUCCUGAAGUAAAUAUGCAAUUGAAUGAUGAGAAACAAUCUAUGAUUAAGGAACUUAACUCUUAUGUUGCACUAAGAAAAACGUACUUGAAUACACUUGGCAACAAGAAAGUUGAACUUUUUGAUACGGGAGCUGGAGUCAGCGGUGAACCCACAGCUGAAGAAACUGUCCAAAUGGCUUCAUCAAUGUCAAACCAAGAGCUUGUCGAUGCUGGAAUGAAAAGGAUGGACGAGACCGACCAGGCUAUUGAACGCUCUAAACAGGUUGUGCAUCAGACAAUCGAAGUUGGCACUCAAACUGCAUCCACUUUAAAGGGACAGACGGAUCAAAUGGGCCGCGUUGUGAACGACCUAGACACAAUUCAGUUCUCUAUCAAGAAAGCUUCGCAGCUAGUGAAAGAGAUAGGAAGACAGGUAGCUACCGAUAAAUGCAUAAUGGCGUUCCUGUUUCUGAUUGUCUGUGGUGUUAUAGCCGUAAUCGUUGUGAAGAUCGUGAACCCAAACAACAAAGACAUCAGAGACAUCCCUGGACUAGCUCCUCCAGCGCAAUCAAGAAAGCUCUUGUACUUCAGAGAAUAGCCGUGUGGCAGGGCCGAGAGGGAAGUUUUGGUGCAUAUUACACUUUCUGUUGCGUUUGUUGUGCCCUUCCACGAAAGGGGUUGGUUGUUCAUGUCAUUUGAAUCUGAGCUUUGAUUAGAGUUUUGUAGAAUAUAUAUCAUCAUUCUUUUAUUAUUUAUGACCAUGUUGUAUAAUAUAUAGCAAGAUCAAUAUAUUUUUAUAAGAUCCAUAAUGUCUUAUUUGUUC